AUGUCUUCUGAACCUCGAAGAUCGACCAGACUUGUCACUGCCACGUCAGCAGCCGUUUUUGAUAAUACUCCGGUGGCUCCAAAAAAGCGUCGAGCUCCAUCAUCAUCUUCAUCUCACACACCGCAGCCAUCACCAUCCAUCCAUCGAAAUGUCCAAAAUGGCGGGAAUUCGAAUUCUCCUAUUCAGAAGUUUGAGAAUCCAGGAGAUUUGGGACAGAAAAAGGAACCCGCCGCCUACAUCCCCGACCCUGAAUCAGAGGCACUUCAUCAACAAAUGGCCCAUCUGAAGACUCAUGGAAUGAGCAAUAUCACCUUGAAAGACUUUAUAGGAAAGAAUUCCAAAAACUUCAAAACCCGUCAAUCAAUUGUCACCGAUCGUGCAGCUCAAUUGGUCCAUAUAACCCUUCGAGAGAAUGUGGUCCCAGAAGGAGCAGUCUUUUUCGGUCUACCAACAAUCAAAAAAGACAAGAAGAAGUCGUUGGCAUCUGGAGAGGCUCCAGAAUUCACAUGGCAAACUGAAGGGGGCUCAAAAGCAGUUUCAACUACAGUAGUCCCUCCUCAACAAACGAUUUCUGAUGUUCUGAGCAAAAUCAGAACAUCUUCAGAUAGCCCAAUGCCUUCUAAGAAACCAUGUCCUGCAGAAGUUGGGCUAGAGAAUCUAGUCUCCCGCGCUAAUCUAUCGAAAAGUCCUGAAAGUUCAAUUCUGGAGCCACGUGCCUAUCCAGGAAAUCAUCUUCCAUGGCCUCUAUUCUGGAAACAAGUGCCUCCGUACGAAAUUGGAGAAGAGGUGUUCUAUUGCCACGUGGAGAAUUGUACCUACUCCCCGAUGACUGAAAUUAUCAAGGCUGGAAUUUUCCUGGUUCCUCUAGACGAGUCAGUUGACUUUGAAUACAAUGGAAAAGUGGUCCAAUUGACGCUUAAUGAAAUUUUCGAAGCGAAUGGAAUCAAUAUGAUUGGGUCACCACAACAUUAUAGAAUGCUUCAAGGAGUGUUUCAGAAGGCUGGAAUUUAUAUUAAAGGGGAUUAUGCAAAGAGACUUCAUCAGAUGCAAAUGGGCAAGGGUGAGGAUGGACAAGCAGCACCAAAACUAUAUCUUCCACCGAUCCAAUUGACAGCCAACAAGCUUCCACUGAUUUGUAUCAAACCGGAUGUCUAUAUGAGUUAUUUGGGACGACGCAUUCAUGGAGCAGUCAUUGUUGAUACCUCUGGGGACAAAGACCCGCUGCCCGGUCAAACGUUCUUGACAACCAUCUACUCGGAGCCACUCUCCCUCCAUCGUCGUUGCCAAAUUCUGAUCGCUUUCGACGUCGGAAAAUCGAUUCCUGAGAUUUCAGCGUUAAUUGGCUGUUCGGAAAGAUCGGUAAGGAUCAAAGAAACCCUCUGCACUCGAAUCCUUAUUGAUCGUCAUCUGGUUGAUCAGUACCUCGAAGAGCUCGAAGCAGAAGAAGAAUCGAAAAAUCCAGAAAUGAUGAGACAGCAACAGCCGAAGAACAAGAUUCGCCGAACGCACUAUGUGGAUCUGAAUAAAUUGGUUUGGAAAUAUUUCAAGGAUUGCCAAGCUAGCGGACAAAUGAUCAAUGGAAAAAUGAUCAAGGAUCAGGCGAUGCGAUAUGCCAGAGAUAUGGGCCUCGAAUCGUUCCGCGGCUCUGAAGGCUGGCUCGACGCCUUCAAACGCCGCCACCGCAUCGAUCUAAAAGCCAUGACAGGCUAUCCAGUAUGCUAUGAGAACGAUAUGUUCGACGAGGUUGAAAAAGAGUGCCGCGAUUUGGAUAUGGAGUCACACCUCAAUAAUUUGCCGGGCUCCUCGUACAUCUCGAAUGGGAACAGUGCUCCAGAUGAGUUCGCAGCCAGCUUCUUCAACUCGUUCUCCGGAUUCUCGCAACCCAUGCUGAAUCAAGUCGUCAAUUCCCAUCAGCAAACACAGGAACCAAAUCUUCAGACUAUGAUCAAUCACAUGAUGACGAAUACAUCAAUGGUACCGCCGACAAUGGUACCACAGCCAUCCUUGAUCCCUCCAUCCACUUCGAAUUCGUCACAAGCCCCUGAAACAGCGAAUAAUGUCAUGAGAAGCUUUCAAAUUAAGCAAAAUGAUAAGGAGAUUGAAUCGUUACUUACCAAGUUGAGGCAGUACAUUCUGGAUCAUGAUCAGGAGUCGAUUAAUCUGCUGGUCCCGCUGCAGGAGAGAUUGUCCAGGGUUGUUCAAAAGAACGGACAAAACGGAACAUCAUCAUCCUCAUCGUCAAAUGCAUCUUCAACCAAUAGCUCGUUAUAA